CUUGCCUGCUGGCCACCACAUCGGCGACUGCCAGACUCAAGUGCCUCACCCCACUGGGUGUAGUCUCUCGCCACGACACCAUGUGACGAUCGCGUCGCUGCAGACGGACCAGCCGGGUCAGACGGACGAGGUCGUGCGGCUAGUGCCCAGCGCAUAUGCGUAGCGGGGAGGGGCGAGGGGCUGCCGGGGGCCGCCGCUGGCAGACGAGAGAAUGUGAUGGGGCGCGACCGGGCCCGCCUGGCGUCGAGCUGCUUGUCGUUGGCGCAGAGGCCCGUUCUGGAGGCGAGGAUGGACGCGACACGACACAAGCGAACUGCCACCCGCGACGGCAUGCGACACGAGCGAACUGCCACCCCUCCACAAUCUCUUCCACGCCCGCCAUGGCCCGCUCACUGUUUGUAUCAUACCUCUUGUAUGGAUCCAUAUGUUUUCUUUAUCCCCUGAGAGCAGACGCCAGGCGGCCAUCCAGAGGGCAAGGAGGCGGGUGUGCCCAGGUGCCCAGCCGCGCUUACCUCAGAAUCGCGUCUGCCCCAACACGCGUCUGCGUCAACACGACCGCACCGCACGUCCAACUCACUCGGCGGCCGGCGGACUGGUCCACCUGUCACGCCGGUGCAGCGAUGCCGACGGCCGUAUCAUUCCCGCUCCACCCUCGGACCGCCAGUCGCGGAGUGAAGCCGACCAGUCUCUAGUGUACUGUCCCAUGUUACAAUGCCAUCUCGAUCGUCGUGUCCCGACGACAGGUGCUUUACAGCGGAUACUCGACCUGAAGGUAUCCUUCGAGCGCGUAGGUGCCGAGCUUGCAGGUCUAUUCCGGGCUGUUUGAACCCGCCGACGGCUUUCUUUUGCCAGCGUGGAGCAGGCCGUGCUGGUUGCACCAGACGGUGCCAACAUCUACGAGUACUGUCUGCUUGGUGCAUGGCCUGGCAAUCAUGGUAAGGAGACUGUGGCAAGGGGAACAUUGUGAGAGUACGAC